CUCAGUUGAACAAUUAUAAAUGUCAUGAUUUACCGUCGAGUGCGCAGUAAUUGGUGCCUGCGCAGUAAUUGGGUCAUUUACCUCUAUUACGGACAGUUGGAAAUUGCCAAAUGUGUCAAGCUCGAGCUUUUAUUCAUUUAUUCGUGUUAUUCGUGUAAUGUAAUCAGUAAAUCACGUAACAAAAUAUUGUUGUGAUAACUUAUGAAGUUCACCCUAUGAAUUGACGGAAUUGUAGAUCUCUCUUAUAGAUUUUAAUGUAAAGGAAUUAUAGCUAGGGAAUCUGACGCAUACGGAAAAUUUUUCACUGAUGUUUCUAAGAACUCUACGAAGAAAAGCUGAGCUUUUUUCAUCAUCUUCGCUUACACUCAAGUCUGGAAGAAAGCUCAGUUCAGCAGAAAAAGCCCUCCUUUCUCCGGAAGCACUACUUGAUGGCAAAAUUCGAUCAGCAUGCGUUGAGAGAUUACAGAAUGCUCAAGUGUUCAAGCCAAGCAAGAAUAGUGCUAUUAAAUCAGCAGCUGUCCUGGUUCCUUUGUGCAUACAUAAUGGGAAAUUGGGACUCUUGUAUACUUUGCGAUCAACUAAAGUGAGCAUGAAUCGUGGACAGGUAUCUUUUCCAGGUGGUAUGAAGGACAAAAAUGAUGCAACUCUAGAGGAUACAGCUCUGAGAGAAACAGAAGAGGAGUUGAAUAUAGCUAGGAGUGACAUUGAAAUUUGGGGUAGUGGAAAUUUGAUUGUAAGAAAGGAGAUGGCUGUUCUGCCAGUAUUAGGUUUUAUUGGUAGAGUUGAGCCCAAGAGUCUGAAAGUAAAUACAAAUGAGGUUGAGAAAGCUUUUGUUCAGCCACUGGAGAAAUUAUGUGAUCUAGCUCUUUGUCGUUAUACACAGUUUAGGAAUAAUUACACAAUGCCAGUUUAUUUAGUGGACAAUUACAAAAUUUGGGGCUUGACUGCAGCAAUCACUCACAUUGUCAUGCAGGCUCUUGUGCCCAAAGUUUACAAACAUAACAUUAUACGAUUAAAUCUUGUAUCAAGAGAGGAAAAUCAAUAAGAGAGAUCCAAGACAUCUUGAUUUCUUUUAUGUGUUCUUUAAUCUAAAUGUCCAUUGACAAAGGAAAAAAAUUUUUAGUCUCAUUUUGAUUGACAAUAGAGAACCGAAUAUCAUGUAACAUAUACGUAUGUGUAUAUAUAUGUAUAUAUUUAUA